AUGGCGAACAUCCACACCCCGAUCCCGAACUUGAAGCUCAAUGAUGGCAAUAGCAUCCCGAUGCUUGCCUACGGCACCGGCACCGCAUGGUACAAGAGCGGCGACGAAUCCAAGCUCGACCAGCAAUGCAUCGACUCGACCAAGACGGCCAUCAAACUCGGCUACUACCACCUGGACGGCGCCGAAGUCUACAAAACCGAGACGGAGCUGGGCACCGCCAUCAAGGAAUCCGGCGUCGCCAGAGACAAGCUGUACCUCGUCACCAAAGUCAUCACCAACAUCGCGGAUAUCCCCAACGCGCUGCGGACGAGUUUGAAGAAGUUGCAGACGGAUUAUGUGGAUCUAUAUUUGAUCCACGCCCCUUUCUUCACGGAAAGCAAGGAAGACCACCAGGCCAAAUGGAAGCAGAUGGAACAGCUCAAAGACGAGGGCCUCGCCAAAUCCAUCGGCGUGAGCAACUACCUCCCCGAACACCUCGAUGUCAUUCUGGAGAACUGCAAGUACCCGCCGGCUAUCAAUCAGAUUGAAUUCCACCCAUAUCUGCAGCACCCCAACUUGGUCAAGUACCACAAGGAGAAGGGCAUCGCCACGUCGGCGUAUGGUCCUCUGACGGCUGUUACGAAGGGUGCGGGUGGACCGGUGGAUGGGGUUUUGGCGAGUCUGGCGAAGAAGUAUGCGGUCAACCCCGGAGAGAUUUGUUUGAGGUGGGCGAUUGAUCAGGAUAUCGUGGCGAUUACGACGAGUAGCAAGGAGCAGCGAUUGAGUGAUUAUCUGAGGGCUAUGACGUUCAAGUUGACCCCGAAGGAGAUUCAGAUGAUCAACGAGGAGGGUGCUAAGAAGCAUCUGCGUGGUUUCUGGAACCACAAGUAUGAUGACAAUGAUAGGCGAUGA